AUGGAGGUGCUGAAGCUGCGCGCUGCAGAGCGCAUCGAUGAGGCAGCCGAGCGGCUGGGGGCCCUGAGCAGCGCGAUCUGGAGCGAGCCCGAGCUGGCCUACGAGGAGCGCCAUGCCCACAGCAUACUGACGCGCUUUUUUGAGCAUGAGCCGCCAGCCGCCGCCUGGACGGUGCAGCCUCACUACGAGCUGCCUACGGCCUUCCGGGCCGAGUGGGAGCCGGCGGGCGGCCCGGAAGCGCCGAGCGCCGGGCCGCGGCCGCUGCACUUGGGCUUCCUCUGCGAGUACGACGCGCUGCCCGGCAUCGGGCACGCCUGCGGCCACAACCUGAUUGCCGAGGUCGGCGCGGCGGCCGCGCUGGGCGUAAAGGGGGCCCUCGAGAGCCUCCUCGGGCCGCCUCCGCCGGUGAAGGUGUUUGUAAUUGUCUUGGGAACACCUGCAGAAGAAGAUGGUGGUGGGAAAAUUGAUUUAAUUGAAGCAGGAGCUUUUAAAAAUCUUGAUGUUGUUUUUAUGGCCCAUCCAUCCCAAGAAAAUGCUGCUUAUCUACCUGAUGUUGCUGAACAUGAUGUGACUGUGAAAUACUAUGGAAAAGCAUCUCAUGCUGCUGCUUAUCCCUGGGAAGGAGUAAAUGCGUUAGAUGCUGCUGUUCUCGCCUACAACAAUCUGUCUGUGUUAAGACAACAAAUGAAACCAACUUGGAGAGUUCAUGGUAUAAUAAAAAAUGGUGGUGUAAAACCCAAUAUCAUUCCCUCUUAUUCUGAAUUAAUCUAUUACAUCCGUGCGCCCUCAAUGAAAGAACUUCCAGUUUUGACCAAAAAGGCAGAAGAUUGCUUCAGAGCGGCAGCUUUGGCUACUGGGUGUACAGUAGAAAUUAAAGGUGGAAAACAUGAUUACUACAAUGUUCUUCCCAAUAAAAGCCUAUGGAAAGCUUAUAUGGAAAAUGGAAAAAAGCUGGGAAUCGACUUCAUUUCAGAAGAUGCAAUGUUGAAUAGCCCAUCAGGAUCUACUGAUUUUGGAAAUGUUUCUUUUGUGGUCCCUGGAAUUCAUCCAUACUUUUACAUCGGCUCUGACGCCCUGAAUCACACUGAACAAUAUACUGAAGCUGCAGGAUCACAAAAAGCUCAGUUCUACACUUUGCGUACAGCCAAAGCUCUGGCAAUGACAGCAUUGGAUGUUAUUUUUAAGCCAGAGUUGCUAGAAAGAAUCAGAGAGGACUUCAAAUUAAAACUUCAAGAAGAAGAGUUCUUAAAUACAGUAAAAUAAAAGGAAGAUUAGGAGCCGCUUAUGAAUCAUUAAGAAGAGUUGAUGACUUUUUGUCUUUGAUAUUUUUAA